CUCUAGUAACCACCUCUGGAUCCUUCCCCACCACCUCUAUAAUCCAAUAUCUUCCUUCAUCUGAUUUCGUCUUGCUUCGUUCCUUUCUCACUCUUCUCUCAACCGAUUAUCAACCACACCACUGCCAACUUUCAAUCUGGACUCGACGUCCCACCGGUGGAGAUGAAACUGACGAUCGCCCCACCCCCACUGGUAUAACCACUUCCACAAAAUCAUUGAUUGCAUUCCCCAGACGACCACCUCCACAACUAUUUCACCCAUCAUCGGUUCCCGUCGACACACACUUUCAAUGUGGUCGACGUAUUUUCAACACAACUGAUUCAAAGGAUUCUGUAUAUAUAUUAUCAAACAAAACCUCUGCUUCGCCCAUGAAUGGACACGGGGGGAAAGGGGUAAAGCUGGCGGCAACGGUGGUUCAACCGGCGGGACUGAGACCUAACUUUUUUCUUUUUUUGAUUUUGGAAUGUGACUACUACCCAGGUUAGAACUGUCAAAAGCACCCACCUUCUACUCCCUCUUUCUUUCUUUUAGUGAUGUUUUCAAUGUUUGUAUUUAGGGGGAAAUUGUGUAAUUUGGGUACGAAUAUCAGGAUGAAUGAUGAAACUAUGUGAUUGGAACUUAGGGACUGAUUAUGAUGAGGCAUCAAACAAAUGUUGUAGCCUCUGGUUUUACAACUAUGUGCUUAAUUUUUAGUGGUGCUCUAAUUUGUUUGUUUUUAAUUUGGGAUACUUUGAUUUUCAAGUUAUUUUGGAUAACAAAUACACCGAUUUACUUCAAGAACAACCAAACAUGGAUUUUAGUUGCAAAUAAACCAUUGUUAUUAAAACACCAUCAGACUAAGAGAAUAAUCAACUUUGGAUCAAACACAUUUGUUUCCUUAUGUUGCAUACAGAUUUUUAUGUAUGUCCAACAUGGUUUACAUGGCAGUGGAAGAGGGUCGAGAGCUCUGUUGAAGUGGUUGAAAAAUGAUUCCACAUUGUCUAUUCUAAGCAUUGUAAAGUCACCUUUUCCUUCACCGGAUGCUGAAAAUGUAAUUUCUUGUGGUUUUUAUGCUACUUCUAUGCUUCAUCAUGCCGAAACUCCCAGUUCACACACAAUAUCACCUGUUAUUUACAUGUGGAGACCUAAUCAGAAGUCAACUAAUGGAUCUGAAGACCAUGUGAAAGUCAACAAUGGUCAAACUUUUAGGCAGUUAUGGUGAAUUAAUCCAGGUUUUCAAUGUUUGGACAAACUUCUCCACUUAUGUUGUAGAAUUCUAUCAGACAAAAUCUGAGUUGGAGAUGCUAAAGAUAGUUGAUAGUUUCUUCAUUUCCCAAACUAUUUGCUUUCCAUUAAAAGCAUUUACAAGUAGAAUCAUUUUUUUCACUAAAUCCAUAUAUACAUCGACACUUUAAACAUAAUUCAUGAUAAUGAGUGGGUUGUUUUCAUAAAUUGGAGAAAUAAGAUUUGUGAAAGACACCACAUGGGAUCCUAUCUCUAAAUGAAUUGAAGCUUCACCGACUGCGUUGAACAUGAAUAUCAAUAACUAAGUGGCUCAUUUGUAGUUUAUAACAAUUGUACACCAUGUGCUUGAUGUUAUGCUUGACAUUUAUUAUUUUACCAAUGACUUGAGAUUUCUAUCAAUUGGUAAAGAUCAAAUGGGUAGUGAUUGAAUAUUUUCCUUAAUGAAUAGAUACCAGGUCUUGCUUAAAGUUGUGACAGACAAGAUUAGUGACUAUCUCAAAUAAUUAGUAUUAUAUUUCAUCUUAAUUUGUUCAAAAUAGUUCUAUUUUAUGUGAUUAUAUCUUACCAGGUUAGCGUCUUUUCUUAAAUGAGCUAAUGAAGGGAAAAGUUUACAUUUGUUUGUAUUGAAUCAUACAUACUUUUGUUUUAUUAUAUAUCUCUUUUUAAUGACAAAAUUUAGAUGCAUAUGUUGAUGAAGAAGAUGUUGCAAAGUUAUGUUAGUUGCUAGGUUUGAUGUCUUGCUUACUUUUCCUGGUCUGGCACCUACCAGCCCCAUUCCUUAUACCAGACUAGAGAUUCGACCUUCCGUAUUUUUUUUUAUCAAGGCUAUA